AUGAAGCUGUGCACAUUAUGCUGUACUGCAGGCACGAGCUGCUUACCUCCUGAACUCCUGAGGAUAUACAACCUGAUGAAAUCCUUGGAUGAGAAAUGUGAAGAAAUUCAAGACAAGAUGGCCCAGUCCCAAGAGCAGCUGGAGCGCGAGCACAGGGGCUUGAGCCAUUUCUCUGAAGACGCAUGCAGGGUUGUGCUGGAUGAGAUGGAGGAAGACCACAGGAUGUUGAUGCACUUUGCAGAAGAGAAAUACGCUCUGGCACAGCAGGCUUUCGAGCUUCUCCAAGUGCACUACCUGGAACUCAUGGGAGACAUCAAGCUGUUGAAGAAGGAAAUCAAGGAGCAAGGGGGCGACAUGGAAAACUACGAGGAGCCAGUCCCUCGAAACCAGCCGGAGGCGAGGAGGCCAUCCAAGGCAAAAGAUAGUGGUAUAAAGAGAGAACGCCCCGCGCAGCUGACACGCGUCCAUUCGGUGUACUCCAACCCCUCCCUGACGCCAACGCACCCCUCUCCAAGCCCCUCGCCCCACAUAUCCGCGGGGGACUUGUCAGCGGACCCGCUGGUGAUACCUGACCCCCUGAUGCCCAUUGGCAGCCGCGGGGUGGCAGGCCUGCGGCUGGAAGACACCCCCAUAUCUGAGGACGUGCUGUUCCAAGUCAAGCCGCCGCAGGGCAUGAGCCAUUCCGCAAAAUCGCCGCAGGCACCGGGCCGCCUGUUGACACACGAGGACAUCAGCGAGAGGCUGGAGGGCCGCCAGGCCGAGCUGUUCUGGCCGGACGACAACCUGUGGUACCUGAUGCAGAUUCACAGGGUGGACGUGCAGGCCCACUCCGCCCAGAUCAUCUACACCACGGGAGAGACGGAGAUCCUGAACCUGGACGAAAUCGUGCAGGAGGGCCACAUGUCGCUCAUCACGCUAGACGCAAGGUGA